CUGAUACGCCCGCCGCGCCCUUGCUCUCCAAGUGGUCGGCGGGUUCCCCGGGUUUCCCUUCCAGCUUCCAGGCAAAGCCGGCUCCGCGAGUUCGGCAGCCCGCCGGGGUCCUUAGGCCUGGCUCCCGGGGCUCCCGGGACUCCCGGGAUUCCCCCUCCCCCGACCGCGCUCAGCCAGCCUCCCCUCCCCCCGCCCCGCCCACGGCCCCUCCUCGCCAGUCCCAGGUCCCUCCCCUCCCCCCUUAUCUCUCCCGCCCCCCCUUCCCCCCUACUGCUCGUUCGCCAGUUCCGGUCACGUUGCUGGGUGUUUACGCCUGGAGCCCGCCCCGGACCCCCCUCGGCGCCCGGGAGCCCCCCGGAGCCCCGGCCCGACCGCCCCGCAGCCUCGCAGUAGCUGAUGGCGCCACAGCCCGGGCGGGUGCUGCGGAACCCCGGGCGCAGCUAGCGCGGGGAAGAACAGCGCCUCCCCCCACCCAGCCCGGCCAGGACUCAGGGCUCCGCUGGCCCGUCGCUCCCUCAGGUCCCGAAGGUGGGGCCCAGGCCUGGGUUGCCAUGGAUACUGUGUCCCUGGAGCAUCAGAUCCAGAGCGUGCAACGCCACAUCAGCUUCCUGAAAAAAGAACAGAUGGCCCUGCUGCGAGACCUGCACCUGGAAAUCCUGAGGCUGCAGAAACGCUGCUCAGAACUGACCCAUGACCUGGAAAUGAAAGAGGCCCAAUCUCACCAACAAGAGUUGGCGUCCCGGGAGCUGGAGAGCAAGUGCCGCGAGCUGGAGUCACAGCUGGCGGCGCGGGUGGCGGCCAACGCGGAGCUGCGGCGGGAAGUGGCGCAGCGCGAGGCGCUGGUGUCGGCGCUGCGCUGCAGCCUGCGCGCCGAGGAGCGCCGCUUCCUGGAGGAGCUGCGUCGCCGCAGCCACCGAGCCACCGUGCUGGGCACUGAGCUGCAGAAGCACACCGAGGCGGCCGCCUACCUCUCCUACCAGCUGCACGCGGCGCGCCAGAAACUGCAGACUCCGCGCCCAGGCCCCGGCGCCGCCGCCGCCGCCCCCGAGCCUCGGAUCCGCCGGCGCGCACAGCGGGCCCGCCGCCCGCCCGCAGCCGAGGCCGCCGCCAAGGGCCCCGGCCGGGACUGGGCCGCCCGGGAGCGCUCGGCCGGCGCCCCGGACGACGCCGAUGCCAUGCCAGACCCCGCGCUCUUCCUCUACGCCCGGAGGCCCCCGCGGCCCAGUGGCCGCAGCCCGCGCCAGCCGCCUCCCCAGGAGCCCCCUGACCAAGCCACCCCGCCGGCCGCGCCCAGCCCACCCAGUGCGCCGGCGGACCCGGAGUAAGCGCGGGGCCGGCUGGGAGGGGCGGGGCGGGGAGCGGGGGAAGGCGGGCCCGGGGCCCGACCAGGGACGCAGCUCUGGCCGCGCGGGCGGGUCCCAGGGGCUGAGGCAGCCGGUCCCUCCCCCAGGGAGCGGGCGGAGGCGGCCCCUGCUCCCCCGCCCCUUCGCCCCUCCCAGCCGCCCCCGCCUUUUGUAUUUGCCAACAACGCCGAAGCUUUGAGCUCUCCCCUCCCGCCGGGGACCUCCUCCGCGGGGCCCAGCGAAUGCAUCCUUUUUCUAGGAGAGGACUCACAGUACCGAUCUUUAUCUGGUCCCCACCCUGCCACUGGGAGGGGAAGGGGAAGGGGCGGGGGUCACGCCCUGCCCCGGGAAAGCUGACAAUCAUUUGGCGGGAGGGGGAAGCCUGGGCGGCCUACGGAAAGGAACCAGAGUGGCCCUUAGCAUCCUUAGGCCUUCCAGCUCCCCGCUGCGGCCUCCCCCAGCCCCCCACGGCUGCCCUUCCCGCCGAGCCUUCCUCCAAGGGGAAGUUCGGGGUGAGGUCUAGAGGCUGGACCUUUACCUUGGAAGCCGCUUCUCCUACCCCCUGCCCUGUUGAUAGGUCCUUACAGGUGAGCACGGAACACUUUAGAAGUCGCCUUCUCCAGAGCCUCCGAUGGGGAAAGUGUGGACUUAUUGAAGUUUCAGCUUCUGGAAAUUAGCACCCAUAGACCCUUAGAGAAGAUUACAGAAUGGGUUUGUGGCAGAUCCUGGGCUAGAGCCGUCUCCAGCUCAGUUCUGCCCCAGGAUGCCGACCUAGGUAUUGACUCGGGACACGCCAGAGUCGGGCUGCCCCAUCAGGCUUAUGGAAGGGUUAGAAAGUGCUUUCAGGAGGUAGCUGGGAACCUGAAGGCUGCCCUGGGAGUUUUCCUAGUCCUGUUUAUUGGUGCUAAUUUUGCCCAGCUUCCUCAUUAGCUGGCUGCACCCAGAGGCAGGAAGAAGGGCCCGGCUUCUCGGAAGUGGCAGCUGUUGAGAGAGGUUUGGGUUUGCUGGGGGGAGGGGGAGAGGGAGUGGACAGGUUAGGCCCCAGCCUGGCCCUCUCCAGGAAUGCCCCCAAUCCUAUCAGACCUGACAGUGGUGGGGUGCUUCGUGCCCUCUCUCUAGGUUGGGGAGUGGCAAAAGGAAAGAAUACGGCCCACCUCCUAACGCGUUUCUCCCCAUCUCCCCGUCACGACCAAAGGCAGGAAGUGAAGCUCCAGUCCAGUUCAUUGCCCCCACCCAGUCCGGCCUAGAAAGAAAGACAAAUCCCUGGAACCCUGUCCUCUCAUGCCAUCCCUCCUCUGUUGGUCCUGCAUCAAGUCCUAAGUGCCUGUGAUGUCUUCCAGGGGCUGCCGUGGGAGGACGUGGGGCAGGGAGAGUCCUUUAUCUCACUCACAAGCACCCAUCCUGGCAGGUCCUGACCUGGUUGGGGCUGAGCCUUCUGUUUGUCACCCAGGGGUCUGGGAGGUCCCUAGGGUGAUGAACCCUUUUUCCGUCACGGCCCCAUGAAGAAGAGGGGGAAAGAACCCCAAUUAUACCCUCUUUCACGGUAUAUGUUAGAGGGAGCAGGACACCCGUGAGCUCACACAUACGCAGCCCCCUCCCAGCUCAGGACUGCUGAGACCACUGAGCAAUAACCAGGCCUGGUCUAGGUGUCCGCCACCGAGGCACCCUUGGAACGGACCGUGCUGUCCAGUCUCAGGGGCCACAGUAGUGGCCUAGGGUCCUUGCUUUGCCUGCUCCCACCUCUCCCCUCCCCAGUCUCUGUGGCUGUGCCUCUACCCUCUGUGUCCCCUCAAGUGUGGGCGACCCACCGUACCCCCUCGACCCGUUGCCUUUCCUUUCAGAGCAGGUCUGAGUGAGGAGGCCUCUCUCUGCUCUCGGCUGCUCUCACCUGAUGGGGCCCAGAGGAUCCUGGGCAGGAGGGAAAGGGGGUCUUUCUGGAGGCAGCCUCAUCUUCCACAAUCAAACUUUUGGGGUGAACUGGGUGACUUUGUUACACCAAUUCUUCUACAGAGAUGGUGAAGUACUUUAUCCACCCGCCCACCCACUAAAAGCCAUAGCUACGCCCACCUGGCCUCCCCCGGCUCUAUAGCAAUAGCCCUCUUCCUCCUUCCCUCCUGUGUACCCGAGCUGUCUGGCUGGGGGCCCCCAAACCCCCUACCGCACGGAUCCUCCCGUGGCCUGCCUGCCUCUCCCCAAGUGACCCCAUCAGCACCUCCCACCUCCUGUCCCUCUUCCAGCAAUCAGAGAUGAUGACCCUUAAUUGUGAGGUACUUGGAGGUACCCCACAUGAAGGUCCAGCGUGCUGGGGCGGCUGACUCGCUGACUCCCAGCUGAGGUGUCGGCGAGCUGGGGCAGGGGCCAAGGCAAAUACAGGGUUCAGAUUUUAUGAGAAAUUCCCGUUCCCUCUCCCUCUCCUGGAAAUAAUGGACAGAGGCUUCCUGCCUCUCUCCUGCACCUGGGUUUGGAACAGAACCCUCAGGGCAGCAGAAUAAGACUGGGAGUCAGUGGCCUGCCCUUGGCCUCAGCGGUCAGAAACUCCUCAGCCUUGCCCUCAGCUUCUGGCCCUCCCCUUCUCCUAGCCUGGGGGACCCGCCCUGCCAAGGGAAAGACGCCCUCCCUUGAGCCCCUAAAAAGUUUGGGUGGCUAGAAGGGAAACGAUUGUUUCCUUCCCUCUCCCUGUUCUCCACCUCUCCCCUCUUCUCUGCUGCAUGAAUCCCCAUUGGGGGAGGACUGUGUUGACAUGGACACUCAGGGGCCCUAGUUGGAAGCAGGAGCUGCAGGUGGGGACCCCUCCCCGUUCUGGAAGCCAAUCAGUGACCUGUGGGCAAUACAGCAUGAGGCUUUGUACCCCUGCCCCCCAAUAUCCCACCCACAGUAGCCUGCAGUUUGGGGGGCCAGGCCAGGGCUGAAAUGGGGUAGCCCUUCCCCAAACAAGCGGCAGAAUAGAGGUCUCCCUGAUGGAGAGGAAGGAGGCCGAGAGGGUGUGGAGGAGCAUCUCCUCAUCACGGAGAGCCAGGGAUCUCUAAGCACCCUCUCGCUGAGGUGCCAGCCUUGAAUGGGGGACGCGCGAGGCUUCAGAGCCACCUGGCAGGAGCCCCAUGGGCGCGGCAGAGGGAUCCUGCUCCAAGUUCUCUGUUGGCUGCGCUUUUUAAUCCAAUGCUUUUCAGAGUGUAUUCACUCACCCACAGAAAUAGAACCCUGUGCUUUAGGGGUGACUGUCAUAUGCCUUAUUCUUAAUAAAAUAUCUGAAAAACACACAAGUCAGACUUUUUUCCUGUGGGCACUCUGCGCCCCCAUCCCCUCAGCCCACCACAGGUCUGUGGAAAGGCCGUGGAGGACAUAGCGAAUGGUUUGGGAGUUAGCCAGGGGGUUGGGUGAGACUGGCAGCUGAGACCCUGAAGUCCCCUCAGUAGGCAUUCCUCACAUAGAGCAUAAGGCGUUCAUCUGAGAUGUCUGUCCUGAUGCUCAGGUUAGCCCUGUCCCUCUCUCCAUGCCACACCAACCCAAAUGAACAAACAAGACCUUAGAUUAGAGGCUCCUGGCAAGGGUUGGCAGGGGUAGAUUGGAAGGGUUCUGUGCCUGGAAUUGCCCAUUGUUGUGGCCUAGAAGGAAUCCUGGGGUUCUGGACGUCUUUGGCUAUGCCAGUUCUUCUGCCCUGACAACCAUCUCCAUCUGAUCCAGAUGCAAGAAGCCCAGCAUCCCGAAGAAGAGCCCUAAUCUUACCCUCCACUAACAAGGGCUAUCCAAGGACUGUGGUCUGGGAGCUCAGCACACUCAGCAUCUUCAGGCCUGUACAUUUUCAAUGUAGGUCUAUGUUGUGGAUGGCUCUAGGAGAAAAAGCAGCAGCCCUGCCUUCUAAGAACGCAGGGGACAUAUUGGUUUUGCCUGCAACCUUUCUUCUGAUAACAGUACCUGUUACUUCCUUUCAGGCAACAGCCUUCUCCCAGCUUAGUCAAUGUGUUGCGGGGCUCUGACCCCACCCGUGUGACCCAGGUAAGGUAGGUCACACUGAUUGGGCUGGAGAUGGGCAUGCAACUCUAAGCCAAUAAGAGUCCAUCUCAGAACUUGUACUGUAACCAUUCAUUUAACACACCAAGUUAGGUGCUAGGGAUACAGCAGGGAACCAAACAGAACUACUGAAGGACAAAUUCUUGGGUGGCUGACAUGGCAGAACAUCAGCUUGGAAAUCUGGUGGGCCGUUUGCUGUCACCGGGGACGGGGCUACCUGAUUAUGAAGCUCCACAAAAGAAGUAAAACCUAGAAAG